UGGAUCUCCGAGGGUCACUGAAGGCACCAGGAGUCUCAUGGUGUCCCUCGCAGUCCGGACUCGUUUCCCGUCAGCUCCCGUCGUUUCUCCUUCUCCAUGAAACCUUCUCCUCAUUAGUCGUUUGUCACCGUUUCACGUGAACGCGAAGUAAAGUUCGAGCGUUGGGAUUCGAGCUGAGAAUGUUUCCGGUCAGGCUUCAUCCCGUUUUCCACCUUUUCCUCUGGAUCGCUGCUGCGCGGGCUCUCGUGGAGCCGCCGACCAACGUGACCCUGCAGUGCCACAAUCUGCAAAACACCCUGAAGUGGAGCUACGGACAAUUCUUGCCAGGGCUCCGAUUCAAAGUCGAGAUCCUUAAAUCUAAAAGCUUGCCCUCUGUGCUGUGGGUGGAGCCUCCGGCCCUCUGGGCCGAUCUGUCAGAGUUCUCUGAUCCAAGCAACAACUAUUUUGUGCUUGUAACUGCCGUCAAUGGUCAGAAUGAGUCUGAAUCUAGUGAAGAACUCACUUACAGCUACUACAUGGACUCCUAUACACAUCAGAAAUGUUCUGUGGACCUCCCACCAGUUAACGUCACGACACAUCUAGACGACACUGUCACGUUCCGCUUCAUGCAUCCCUGGCUGUGGCACUACAGCCUGAAGCCCGACAGCCAAGGUUCAAAAAAGAGAAUGAAGAAAAGCAACAGCAAACCACCGCUUCAUGAGUUUAAAUACGACGUUGUGAUCGACGGCCAGAACUUUAAGCAUCGUUUCAACUGUGUGGAGAGGGUGUGUAAGGAGGACAAGCUGCCGGUGGAGGCGGAGCACAAAGAGCACUGUCUGAGCAUCACGGGAGAGCUGGACAAAAUGGCCGUUAAAUCCACGCAGCUGUACUGCGCCAGGCGGAUGGAUGAAGAAAUGCCACCUGGCAAGAACAAUAACAUUAUCUACAUCGUGGUCAGCGUGUUGGGCGUCUGUGUUCUCGCUUUUUUCCUCUUCUUGUUUUACAAAAAGAAGGUCAACCCAAAGACUGAGCUUCCAUCCUUUUUGUCAAUCCGCAGAUACAAGCAGGACACCGCGCCGAAAGUUCCUCCCGAGCCGGUCUGUGUGGUAAGAGUGGAGCCGUCCUCUCCCACACCUCUACUGUCCAACGAGGAAGAGCCCGAGUUCACCCCCGCUGCUCCCCCCACUGAGUCACCUGUGCUCCGGCUGCGGACCGGCGUGACAAACGCUGAAGAAGUGCCCGACGAGGGGGGGCACCAGAGCGAUGAAGGACAGGGAUACAUGAGAGGCAGCAGCCUGGAUGAAGACGAGCCACAGAACGACAGCGAGUCCGGCUACGAGAAGCGUCCGGUGCUGGUGACGAUGGGCUCCGGCGAGCUGCUGCAGGCCUACCGCUCCUGAAGCUGAUGCCGGUAACCUCCCAACAUGUUGGAUGGGAAGGUUGGAUGUGGCUCUUGCCUGUAAUCUGUAAUCUGUAAUGAUCUGACUGACAGUUUAGUACAGCUGAGGAAGCAACUCCCAGGGGAGUUAUGGUUACACAUUUCAGGAGGUUCAGUCAAUGUCCUCAUCAAAGCUGAAAAGGAACCGUCCCUUUUGAAAAUCAGUAAAACCUUCCCUUUGUUUUCAGCCUCAGUAAUGACCGAUACCAAAUCUGUACAAAAUGUUAAUUUGAUCAAUCAGCAGUGUUUCAGCUUUGAACCUGUGAUUCACUUUUCUGCUCUUCAAAAACGUCUGCUUGUCCAAUCGUAAGAGUUAAUGAGGAAGCAUCGUUAUGGGAUGUGGGAGUUAGAUAAAUGAUGCAUUAAAGCGAUGGUUGGUAAUAAUGGAAGCCCCAAAAAAUCUACUAAACCGAUUUUCAUCAGACUCUUGUGAGGGAUGUUUAACUUUACGCAGACCGAUGUUACAGAUCUUUGUCACACACACACUUUAUUCUGCCCACCUGGUGGAAUAAACAACCUGAGAAAACUUACUGAGCAGAAAGACAAUAAGAGAGAAGUUAUUGCACUAUGUUAGAAUUGUUCCCGAAAGCGACCAGUUGGUCCAACGCAUUCACGUUAAGUGCCAUUGUCAUGUGACGCCCAAAAACCGAAUCAAUGAUGCGUCUGUUCUCACCACAAGUUAACAAAGUUUACUUGUGGUGAGAAGUAAAUAAUACUCGGAGGCUCUCUGACAUUAAAUCCAUUCAAUCAAUACAUAUUUUAAAGGUGAGACUUUGCCUCUAUUUCCUGUUUGGUUGCCAGGACGGAAAGAAAAAUGCUUUUAAUUCAUGAAAGUCACUAUAUCUCCUUUAAGAUAGAACAGCAAACAAAAUCACCUUCAUUAACCGUUUCAUAAGCAUGAUAUCAUACUGUAUCUAUUCACAUCUGUUGCAUGAGCACAAGCAAUAACAUUUGCAUCACUAGCAGAGUCUAAAUCCUGCUUUCACUGUGGACUGAUACAUCCUCUAAAUGUAUUUGCUGAUUUGCACUUCAUUGUUUUUUUUUUCUAUACUAUUCAGAUGCUUUUAUUUUCCUAUGAUUAUGAUGCACCUUAAAGCUCCAGAAUAACGUUUUGUGCCUCUUUAAAUUCUGUUGUGUGAAAUGAAAAUGUAAUUUGUAAAAAAUAAUCAAACAUUCAGAAUGUGUAUAGAAGCGCUUCAAAUAUUUCUACUUUUAAAUUUUAAUAGAUCUUCGAAAAUGUAUGCAUUAGUUUAUUCACAUUUUGUAAGACCUAAGUGAUGUUUUGUAACAUUACUCAGCUGUUUGGCUUCCUUCCUAUCUCAGUGAUUUGUACAUAUUAUUUGUUUGUUUUGUAUUGUUCGUACAACACGUUUGUGUUAAUGCUCGGUUCUGUGUCAACAUCACACUUACAAAUGAGGAUGUUCUCGCUGCCACAAAUAGUUUUUAUUACUUCAGCAAAGGAAGUUUUCUUUUCUUUGGCCUUUGUUUGUUCGUCAGCAGGACAACGAUAAAAAACACUGGACCAAAUUCCAUGAGAUCUAGUGAAAGGGUGGAACAUGACCUGAGGAAGAAAAAGUCAUAUUUUGGUGUUGAUCCCGAUACAUGCAUGGAUCCAUUUUUUUAUUAAUAUAAUUUUUUCACUUUCUUUAACCACUCAAAUUCUUCAAUAGAAAAAUUCUACAACUUAAACCAAAAGCCAAUAAUAUACUAUAAAUUAUUAAAGUCUUAAAGUUGUGUUUAAAGAAAACAAAUACAAAUAAUUAUAUUUCUUAUAAUUAAAUGAUCUGCAUUAUCUGUUCAGCUCUGUUUUAAUGGGGAAGAACGUCACUGAAUCAUGGGCCUAGACUUGCCCGAGACUAAUGUGAUUGGUUUAAAGCAAUGCAAACACACCUAUGCUUUGUUUUUUCCUGAAUGAUAACUGGUGGAGCCUGACACGGUGCUGUGGAGAUAACGGAGGUCUGGCUGUAAUGAGACCCAGACUGAUGAUGCAGAGAUCGAGUUCUUUAUUCUUCUAGUUGCUGAAGAUACAAGAAAUUAGUUUCGGGACGAUUUUAGCUGUGGAAUCGUUUCGUGGCUCUGUUUGAAUCUAAAAUGUUACUGCGUCUUUAAACAUUUCAAGUUCCCUCUCACUGUAAAUGCAAAAUGUGACUCAACCUACAACGUGUUUUAUUUUGAAUAAUAAUGACAAUGAUUAGGUAACAGGAAAAAAGGUUUCUUUGUGUGUGUGUGUACGAUUUUUAGACGAUUCUACUUAACACUUUGAAGAUUGUCUAUAUGAAACAAUGUUUGAGUUUACUUUGUUUGGAUUUAAAAAGAACCAGGCAACCCAUUACAGUCCGACGCCUUUUUCUCCUGGAUUCUGUGACCUAAUUGUUUUAUUUUAAGUAUCUCAAGCUUCCAUCCUACUGUGAUUUUUAUUUUUUUGCAGUACAUUACUUCAAUAAAAAACACAUCCUGUGUAUUUGCUACCUU